CCAUUCAACGAGAAUGAGGCGUUGGUAACCACGUCUGCCUUAUUGCCAGCACGAUACCAGAUCAGUCGGCCAGGGUCUUCGUUUGAAUUUGUUGAUCCGCAGUCAGACCCGCAUGCGUUCUUUGCGCAUCUCCUUCUUACGCCAGAUCUUGACUUUCUCGAGCCGUAUCUUUGGGUGGCUGGGCUCAGGAACGGUGUCCGACCUCUGCACCAGCAAAAAGCACGCGAGAGGUCAAUAGUACCUGUCGUCGAUGCACGACUGCAUCUUGUAUGGCGUCCCAGGAUGAUCUAUCUCGCCCCACUCCAUGAAGCUCUCUUGCACUAUCAUAGUUUCAAGAAAUACUUCUGCGCCCCUGAGCUAUUGCGGGAUAAGGAUCACCGGAUGCAGCAGACGAUGGAACAAACGACAGAUGGUCAACGGCAGCUGAAUGGAAUGGCAGCAUUGGGCCUCUUGUUCUCGUAUACGAAGCUCAUUGUCUACCAGAUUGAUCUGGACAUCGCUAAGGAAGCUGGCCUUGUUCCCAAAGACGUCACUUAUGCCGCCUGGACGCGCUUUGCACGACGCGUGGCUUGUGCCGCCGAGGCUCGGCUUGGCCAACUGCCUCGACGCUGGCGCUUUGGCGAGCUUCGCCUGAACCGGGUCAACAUGAUCGCCCGGCUGGUGGUACUAUUCAGUGGCGGGAUGGAGCGCUCCUCGUCAAGUCUGAGCGCCGUACGCGGGUAUCAAGUAGAGCACAGCGACUACCUGGGUCUUGUCGAGACCAACUUCAAAUGGCUUCUCGCCGUGUUCGCGUGGCUGUCUGUCACGUUGGGAGCUUUGCAAGUCGGCGUCAGUGUGGCUGAGGGCGACAACGAUCAGCGCGCCGCCUACAUGAGCGCCACUUGGGAGUUCAGCCUGAUUGUGCUCCUGGCCAUGGCGGCGACUAUCAUUCUCGUCCUCGCUAUACUG